AUGACUGAUGGCAGUGUUGGUGGCCAGCUGACAGCAUUAGUAGGAGACCUCAUGUGGCAGGCUUUUACACGGUACAUGGCUGCACAGAUAAGCCAUGCAGCUAUUCUUCCUAGCCUAAGUGACAAGUACAGCUUCCCUUCAUUUUUAAGAACAAUGCCAAGUGGAGAGGUCAUUGCUGAAGCGAUAGCUAAUCUCCUUUUUCAGUUUCAGUGGAUGUGGGUAGGACUUUUAUAUACAGAUAAUGACUAUGGACAUCAGAAUGGUCAAAUUCUAAGAAAUAAAAUUGCCAAAAAUGGAGGAUGCAUUGAGUUUUCUGAAUUGAUUCCAAUUUUGACUACAAAAGAAAAGAACCAACAUACUGUUGAUAUUAUAGGACACUCAACAGCCAAAGUCGUUGUUAUCAUUGCCACUGAAUACCUUCUUUUUCCAUUAAUUGAAGAGAUUUCAAGACAGAACAUAACUGGUAAGGUCUGGGUUUCCUAUCACAGCUACUGUACCUAUGUAAGUCUUAAUAACAAAGGCCUCUUUUCAACACUGAGUGGUAUGAUUGAUAUUGCAGUACACAAAGGUGAAAUCCCACAAUUCCAGGAAUAUGUUUACAGCCUUUACCCAUGGGAAAGGCCAGAUGAUAUUUUUACUAAACAGUUUUGGGAAUCAGCCUUCAACUGCAAACUGCCAUAUAAUACAAGUGGUGCCAUAUUACAUUUCAUUGGCCUAAGUGAAGAAACUGUAAUGUGCACAGGUGAAGAGAGACUGGCAUUACUCCCAUCUUCUAUUCUAGAUAUUUACCAGUUACGAUUUACCUACAAUGUCUACAAUGCAAUUUAUGCAUUUGUAUAUGCUUUGCAUAAUAUGUUUUCAUGUAACCCAGGAAAUGGUCCCUUUGAUAACCACACUUGUGGCACUUAUCCAGAAUUUCAGCCCUGGCAGCUUCUUCAUUAUGUAAAAAAUGUUCACUUCAAAAAUAAAGUUGGAGACACUGUGUAUUUUGAUAAAAAUGGAGACCCACCAGGAGUGCUUGAUAUCGUGAACUGGCAGAUUACUCCUAGUGACACAAUACAACAUGUACAUGUUGGCAGCAUCAAUGUCAGUGCCCCCCAAGGCCAGGAGUUCAGACUUAACAGGAGUGCCAUUAUAUGGCAAGCAGCCUUCAAGGAGAUCCUGACUGGGAAGAAGAGGCUGGAAAGGCAGGCUGGGAUUAAGAGAAAUCUGAAGAAUCCAUCAGAGGAACUGGACUUUGAGACAAGGCAAAUGAGAGAUGAAAAAGUCCAAAGGAUGGCAGUGUUGAAGCCAAACAGUUUUGAGAUACCACUGAAACUUCCUCAUUUAGAGUCUGGUGAAGGGAACGAAUUAAUUGAAAAAGGAGAGAUAUGGAAUGGGGCUCUAAUGGCCUCUCCUGCCUUAGAAACAGGAACAUUCUGGAAUAAAACCCUUUUAACCGCUAACAGGGCUGAACAGGUUGAAUGUUUCCUUGCACCAAAAGGUCUUGAGAACAAGUUCCAGCAAACUCCCCAGUCUGUGUGCUCUGAGAGUUGUUCACCAGGAUAUCGCAAAGCUAGUCGACCAGGGCAGUCUGUCUGUUGUUUUGACUGCAUCAUAUGCUCUGAAGGGGGAAUUACAAACCACAGUGACUCAGUAGACUGCAUGAAAUGCCCAUUGUUUUACCAAGCAAAUGAAAGAAGAGAUGUCUGCAUCCUGAAGGCAACAGAAUACCUCUCCUAUCAAGAUCCACUGGGAGUGGCAUUAUCUGCAGUCUCCAUUUCCUCUUCAAUGAUGGCAGCUUUAAUUCUAGGAAUUUUUAUCAAAUACCGAGACACACCAGUUGUGAAAGCCAACAACUGUGAAAUCAGUUACCUUCUCUUACUGGCCUUACUGUUAUGUUUUCUUUGUUCUCUUUUAUUUAUUGGCUACCCAGUGACCACAGUGUGCAUGUUCCGACAAGUUUCAUUUGGAGUCAUUUUUGCAGUGAGCUGCUCAUGUGUUCUGGCAAAGACAAUCACUGUAGCAAUUGCAUUUAGUGCUACAGAUCCUAAGAGUAACCUGAGGAGGUGGGUAGGACCCAGGCUGCCUUAUUUCAUACUUUGCUCCUGUAGUAUUUUACAAGUAACCAUUUGUUUUCUAUGGCUGGUUCUUUCACCUCCUUUCCAGGAAAUGAAUAUGUCAGCUAAACCUGAUACCAUAAUAAUCCAAUGCAAUGAAGGCUCAGUGCUUGCAUUUUGGCUAAUGGUUGGUUACUUGGGAAUUUUGGCAGUUAGCAGUUUAAUUGUGGCUUUCUUUGCUCGAAAACUCCCUGACAGCUUUAAUGAGGCAAAGUUUAUCACAUUCAGUAUACUUGUCUUCAUAACAGUCUGGCUGUCCUUUGUACCAGCAUAUCUGAGUACAAAAGGGAAGUUUAUGGUUGCAGUAGAGAUUUUUGCUAUUUUGUCUUCCAGUGCAGGUUUACUUAGCUGCAUAUUUUUUCCAAAGUGUUAUAUAAUUCUGUUAAAGCCAGAGAUGAACUCUAAGAAAUAUUUAUUAGGAAAGAAAAAAUAG